CAUUGAAAAAGUUUGAUUGGUUAGGUUAGAUAGGAUUAUACCUCUCAGCUCUCUUUCAUUCAUGUUCUCAUCCACAGCUUCAACCCUCUUGCUCCACUCCAACUUUGUUGUGAGAGCCAUGUUCGUUUCAUUCCAGAUUUCCAACACUGACUCACGCCUUCUUUUACCCACCAUGGUUGAUUGCACUUGUGCAUUUUACCCUCCAGCAACAUUGCAAGUGCUUCCUCUGGUCAGGGCUGCCCCCGCAAAUUUAACUUUUGUUUGUUCCUCCCAAAGGGUUCUCCCCAUUGAGGAGCUUCAACUCAGUGAUGCUGAUGAUGGUGAUGAUGAGGACCCCUCAGAUGCUGUUGUUGAUUUCUCUGAUUAUUUCAACAAUGGGGAUGGAGUGGUUGGCUUUGAUGACUCCCUCAGCGAAGAGGUGCUCAAGGAGAGGAUCAGAAGAAUGAGAAUAGGGCUGGCCAACCGCGGGAAAGUGCCUUGGAACAAAGGAAAGAAACACAGUGCAGAGACCCGGGAGCGAAUCAGACAAAGAACUAUAGAGGCUUUGAGGGAUCCUAAGGUAAGGAAGAAGAUGGCCGAACAUCCCCAUUCUCAUAGUGAUCAAACCAAGGCAAAGAUAAGUGAUUCAGUGAGGCGUGUUUGGCAUGAGCGGCUGAAGUCAAAACGGAUAAGGGAGGGUGUUUUGCUUUCAUGGACACAAAGCAUAGCAAAUGUUGCCAAGAAAGGAGGAAUUGGUCAGGAAGAGCUAGAAUGGGAUAGCUACCAUAAGAUAAGACAGCAAUUGGAGCUCCAUCAUCAUAUGCUAGCCAGCAAAAAGCGAAGAGAAAAGGCGAUGGCAGUUACUGGAGCAAAGAAUAUCAUCCUAACAUGGAGGGAAAACAUAGCCAGAGCAGCUAAGAAAGGAGGGAGUGGGGAACAAGAGGUUGACUGGGACAGCUAUGAGAAGAUACAAGAAGAAAUUAUUCGCCAGCGCCAAUUUCAGCGUACCGAAGAAAAGGCAAAGAAAAAAGAGUUGGCCAGGGUAGAAUCAGAGAAAGCAGCUCGGAUAAAAGCAAUAAAAAGGGUAAUCCUCACUCAGAAGAGAAAAGAACAUCAAGAGAGGGCUAAAGUGAAAGGAAAUAUAAAGAGUCAUCGCUACAGAAAUACUAAGGAAGGCAAAGCUUCCUUGGAAGAUACUCAAGAGUUAAAACUGUACAAUACAUUAACUAAGAUUCACAUGAUUGAGAACAGCAAUGGUGACUUAACUAGAGGAGACACUUUUGAUUGCAUUUUUCCAGUCCAUAAUAAAUUGGAUUUAGAGCAUAUCAAGAGAGAAAAAAUGCAGAAAGAAGUGUCACUUGCUGAUCAAAUCCAAGCUGCUAGAGACAAAAAAAGCAAGCUACAUACAUAAGGAAUCUUGAAUUAUUUUUUAUCAUUCUACUUCAUUUGCUUUGAUGUUUAUAUAUGUAAAACAAUAGCUUAUGAUUUAGGUAUUUGUAUAACAAGUUAAUGGUCCCAGUAAUUUGAACUUAUCUGCUUUUACACUUCA